UGUGUGCGUGUGCGCGCUCGCCUCCCCACAGGAAGGACUUCGGCGGGGAACGGGUUAAGGAGUCCCUCCGCGGUUCACAUCGAUGCCUCCUCUUCUGCACGUCGCCAUGAACAAAUGAAUUCGCGGGGAGUUAAAUAUCAAUUUCACAAAGGGGAAAAAGUGCUGUGUUUCGAGCCGGACCCGACCAAGGCGAAAGUGCUGUAUGACGCCAAGGUCAUUGAUGUCUUGUUAAGCACCGAUGAACAUGGAAGGAGAGUCCCAAAGUACCUGAUUCACUUCAACGGGUGGAACAGGAGCUGGGAUCGUUGGGCGGCAGAGGACCAUGUGCUUAGGGAUACUGAGGAAAAUCGGUCAUUGCAACAUAAACUGGCACGCAAAGCGGCGGGUCGCAUGAAGAGGAAAGGAUGGGGGAAGAGACGUCGUCGUCAGUCUGGUAUUAAAUCUUCUCUGAAGACUCUCUCCAAAGAAGAUGAAAGUGAUGACACAAGUUUGAUUUCAUCUUCGGAGAGCAGUGACGACGACGACUCUGACCCAGAAUCUUCAAACAGCGGGGAGAGCAACUUCUCGGAGGAUCUCAAGAAAAUGAAGGUCGACCCGGAAACUCGUCAUACCAAGGAACACGUAAAGAGGGAGAGUGAAGACAAGGUCGUCCUCAUUGACAUUGACAUCCCAGACAUCCUGAAGAAAAAACUGGAGGAUGACUGCUUUUACAUCAACAAGAGGAAAAAGCUUGUGAUGGUUCCUUGUCAGACAAACGUAGUCCACAUCCUGGAGUACUACGUCAAGCACUUUGCCAUCAACAAAGCCUUCAUGGUCAACGAGCGGUACCGUCGUCACCAGAACAGCGCCCAGAACAACCUCAACCAACAGCAAGUCCCUCCGGAGAGGAACGAGGAGCUGUGUAAGGAAAUGGUUGACGGCCUCAGGAUCACGUUCGACUUCACGCUACCCAUGAUCCUCCUCUACCCCAGCGAACAAGCUCAGUUUAAAAAGGUCAGCUCCUCCAGGCUCUUCCUGGCCAUCAACGACACCCCACCCUGCUCCAGCAACAUCCAGCGAGAGCGCAGCCCGAGCCCGACACUACACAACCCUCCCACCCCUCAGUCAACAGACAGCCAGCCGGCACUGAGCGACGUCUCUGCCACCACUCCCACCCUGCCUACCACCACCACUAAGCGCCGGCGCCACCCUGACAUGGACUGCAUAUCGUAUCAGUCACAGUCGCUCAGGCGCUCCACCAGAAGCAACAUGGUGGGCGAUCGGCUGGCUGAAGGGAGUAGCGGAGGUGGAGGCAGUACCACAUCACAAAACCCCAAACGCCGUCUGGCGGACUCUAAUUCUCAACCCAAAUUCUUCCUUAAUCUGGACAGAAGGACUCCGGUGCACAGUGGCUCCUCCUCCCCGUUGCCAAUGACACCCAGCAGGGACGGAGGCAGGCCUUUCUACGGUCUGGAGAGCCGAAGAAACAACGAACUCAACGAGGUCCUGAGCUGGAAGCUUACUCCUGAUAACUACCCUCUGAACGACCAGCCUCCUCCGCCCUCCUACCUGUACGGAUCACAGCACCUGCUGCGGCUUUUCGUGAAACUUCCUGAAAUUCUGGGGAAAAUGCACAUCCCUGAGAGGAAUCUCCGAGCCCUGGUCAAACAUUUGGAGCUGUUCCUCAGGUUUCUGGCGGAGUUCCACGAUGACUUCUUCCCCGAGACCGCGUACGUGUCGUCAUCAGAGGCCCACUACAGCAUGAAACAGCCGAGGCCGAUUUACUGAAGCCGCCUCCUUCCCUCACGUCUGCCGCUUUGCUUUCCUUUCCCCGCUCCUUCCCACCCCCGCCUCCCAUCCCUAUCCUGGACAAAACCCACCCGGCCCCCGCCCCCCUGCCUCAGUGUUGCCCCGCGCUGCCCUUUAGUCACCUAUGGCUGGUCCUCUGCUAGUUUUUAGCCUGCUUCACCACCCAAACAAGCCUGUUCAAAUGACGCUACUGAGCACUGGCAUGCCGGGUAGCAUUACUGGGGUUCCCUUUUUAACAGGCUUGUUUGGACACACAUCCAGUGGAGAUUGCGAUACCCUGCCUUCCUCUUUCAUUGUUUUCUACCUUUUUUUUUUUUUUUUUUUUUUUUGCUCUGCUUACAUUUCCAGAAUUGCCGUCAAGACCAUUCCGGGGCCGAGUCAGAUCAGACGCUCGCCGAGCUUAUGCAACCGGUCCUUGUGCUGUUGGCUCCCGCUCAGUCAAAUGCUAAAUUUCAAUUUAACCGUCCAGAGUGGCUGAAAUGCAAACCCAAGCCUCUGAGGAAUAAGUGAAGAAUCCUCCUGUGAGACUCUGUGUUGGUAUAGCCGGCUCCCAGCUAUCGAUCUGUAACCUUUAUAAAUGUGGAGGAGGGAAGGAACAAUGCAGGGUAUCUUCCAAAGUUUUGCUCUCUCCUCUCUGACUACAUCUUCCCCAUUCUGGCUCAGUGACUCCAUCUUCACGGUGCCUCUAAGCAUGCACUGCUGUUGGCGCUGCUGUGGACUGUCCAAAAACAGGAAGGCGGCACUACUUGAUGGAAAAGCCCUCCAGGAAUCAGGAACACUUUAUUUGUUAUUUCAA